UCCGCAGAAUUAUACCUUGACUCCAUAUUGUGUUUAUCAAUAUGGCUACUAUCAAUGACAAGAUCCUUGCAGCCUCUGCGAAGCAUCCGCAGCCUGGCAACGUCUUUCAGUACGGUACUGCUGGUUUCCGCAUGAAAGCGGAUCUCCUCGACUCUGUGGUGUUUCGUGUCGGCCUUCUUGCGUCGCUCCGCUCGAGGAAAUUCGGUGGCCAGGUGAUUGGUGUUAUGAUCACUGCCAGUCACAACCCACCAGAGGAUAAUGGCGUGAAGUUGGUCGAUCCUUUUGGCGAGAUGCUAGAGUCAUCCUGGGAAGCUUAUGCUACGCGUCUCGCGAACGCUAAGACCGACAAAGAGCUUCUUGCAGUCUACAACAAGCUUGAGCAGGAUCUUGACCUUGGAACAAACAAGACUCCGAAAGUCAUUUAUGCUAGGGAUACGCGUGCAUCUGGCUCUCGUCUUGUAGGAUGCCUGGUCGAUGCUCUUGAAGCAACCGGAACCGAAUAUACAGACUACAAGCUCCUCACUACCCCUCAGCUGCACUAUCUGGUCCGCUGCUCGAACACCAAGGGUACCGAAUACGAAUAUGGUGAUAUUAGCGAGAAGGGUUACUACGAGAAGCUAGCAAAUGCAUUCAAGCUUGCUGUCAAGCACAAAAAGCCUCAGGGUCCUGUCACGGUGGACUGCGCGAAUGGUGUUGGUGGACCAAAGCUCCGAGAGCUGAUCAAGUACUUGGACGGCACAAUCGAUAUCCGGGUCGUCAACGACGAUGUGUUGAAGCCAGAGAACCUUAAUGUUUCGUGCGGUGCAGAUUAUGUCAAGACAAACCAACGUGCGCCCCCGUCCUCGAAGGCAGGGCCUCUUGAGCGUUGCGCUUCACUCGAUGGCGAUGCUGAUCGUAUCGUAUAUUACUUCAAUGGUGAGAACGACAAGUUCGUUCUAUUGGAUGGAGACCGUAUUGCCACUCUCGCAGCGUCCUUCCUCGGCGAGCUUGCCCGUCAGUCGGGUCUUGCUGAAUCGCUCAAGAUCGGCGUUGUACAGACAGCUUAUGCGAACGGCGCGGCGACCCAGUAUGUCACGUCGAACUUGGGGCUCCCUGUGGUUUGCACGGCAACGGGUGUCAAGCACCUGCAUCAUGCUGCGCUCCAAUUUGACGUUGGUGUGUACUUUGAAGCGAAUGGCCACGGUACCGUUGUGUUCUCCCAUGACGCAUACAAAGCCAUCAACAACCAUGAACCGCAGUCUCCGGCGCAAGCCAACGCACUCGAGACGCUCAAGGCGCUUUCUGACCUCAUCAACCAGGCAGUUGGCGAUGCACUCUCUGAUCUCCUUCUCGUGGAAGUGAUUCUCGCGCACAAGGGCUGGAGUGUUAAGGACUGGGAGGAUACGUAUGUUGACUUACCGAACCGACUCGUGAAGGUGCACGUCUUGCUUCGCUCUAUGUUCGUGACCACGGAUUCAGAGCGCCGUCUACUAGAGCCGGCAGGUCUACAGGCCACUAUUGACUCGCUGUGUGGAAAGUACAAGGCUGGAAGGUCGUUUGCUCGUGCCAGUGGAACGGAAGACGCUGUGCGAGUGUAUGCGGAAGCAGCUACGAGGGGGGAGGCAGAUGACCUAGCGCAGAAGGUAGCUAAUGCUGUGUCCCGUGCCACACCGGCAUAGGUGAGCAGGCAGGCAGGCAGUACAGUACCCAGGUAGGGUGGUGCGUCAGGGCGAAAUCAUAGGUCUGAUGAUGGACAGAUCAGAAGCCUUCAUGGAAAAAAAAGACAUCAUGAUUGAGUGAUGCACACAGACGUAGAGGUAGAACCAAAAAAAACGAUCUGGGAACAAAUACAGGAUAUUUGGCCAAUCAGAAAAUAGCAACGGACAUUUGAGGCUCAAAAUGACUUUUUGGGAGAUGAAGCUAUUUUGAGCGCAGAGAUCGGC